GGCAGUAGGCUGAACUAGUCAUAACAAAUUUUCUCGAUUUGCAAUAUAUAUCUGAAAGACGUGACGAAAUAAGCAGUUUUUGUACAAAUUACGAACAAAAAUUCUGAUAUGACACCAGUACUUGGUAGUCUACAAUCUAUUGGACCUAAUACUCAGGCAUCGACUACUGUGCCUGAUGUGCAAAGUGGCAAUACAGUAGUACAAAUAUUACAGCCUCAGACACAAUCUCAACAGACGCAAUUUGUAUCACAACCUCCAAAACAGCAGAUAGUACAACAACCCUCUACUCAACAACAAACACAACAAUCACAACAGCAACAAAGUUCCUUCAAUGAUUUUCCACAGUUUCUGACUAAAACAAGAUUACAAGAUCUAGUGAAAGAAGUAGAUCCCACCGAACAGUUAGAUGAUGAUGUAGAAGAAAUGUUAUUACAAUUGGCAGAUGAUUUUGUUGAAACAACUGUAAAUGCAGCAUGCUUAUUGGCUAAACAUCGUCAUGCGAAUACUGUAGAAGUAAAGGAUGUACAGUUACAUUUAGAAAGAAAUUGGAAUAUGUGGAUCCCUGGUUUUGGCACAGAUGAAGUACGACCAUAUAAACGUGCAACAGUUACAGAAGCACAUAAACAAAGAUUGGCACUUAUACGAAAAUCGAUUAAAAAAUAUUAGUCCUUCUGUACACUUCA